AUGGUGUGGUCGGCUGGGAGGAUGGCAAUGCGAGGCGCCUCCGCCGCGCUGCUCGUGCUGGCGCUCGUCGCCGCCGUGGCGCGCGCGGAGGACCCCUACCACUUCUUCGAGUGGAAGGUGACGUACGGGACGAGGACCAUCAUGGGGACGCCGCAGAAGGUGAUCCUCAUCAACGACUUGUUCCCCGGGCCUACCAUCAACUGCACAUCCAACAACAACAUCGUCAUCAAUGUCUUCAACAUGCUCGACCAGCCGCUCCUCUUCACCUGGCACGGCAUCCAGCAGAGGAAGAACUCGUGGCAGGACGGCAUGCCGGGCACCAUGUGCCCGAUCCAGCCCAACACCAAUUUCACGUACCACUGGCAGCCCAAGGACCAGAUCGGCAGCUUCUUCUAUUACCCCAGCACCGGCAUGCAGCGGGCGGCGGGCGCCUACGGGCUCAUCAGCGUCCACAGCCGUGACCUGAUCCCGGUCCCCUUCGACACGCCGGCCGACGACUUCCCGGUCCUGGUCGGCGACUGGUACACCAAGGACCACGCCGUCCUGGCCAAGAACCUGGACGCCGGCAAGGGGAUCGGCCGCCCCUCGGGUCUCGUCAUCAACGGCAAGAACGAGAAGGACGCGUCGAACCCGCCCAUGUACAACGUGGAGGCCGGCAAGACGUACCGGUUCCGCGUCUGCAACGUGGGCAUCAAGGCGUCCUUCAACAUCCGCAUCCAGAACCACAUCAUGAAGCUGGUGGAGAUGGAGGGCUCCCACACCAUGCAGAACGACUACGACUCCCUGGACCUCCACAUCGGGCAGUGCCUGUCGUUCCUGGUCACCGCCGACCAGAAGCCCGGCGACUACCUGCUGGUGGCGUCCACCCGGUUCAUCAAGGAGGCGAGCAGCACCACGGCCGGGAUCCGCUACAAGGGGUCCAGCGCCCCGCCCCCCGCCAAGCUGCCGGAGAGCCCCAGCGGGUGGGCGUGGUCCAUCAACCAGGCCAGGUCCUUCCGCUGGAACCUGACGGCGAGCGCGGCGCGGCCCAACCCGCAGGGGUCGUACCACUACGGCCAGAUCAACAUCACCCGCACCAUCAAGCUCGGCAUGGGCCGCGGCAAGGUGGACGGCAAGGAGCGGUUCGGCUUUAACGGCGUGUCGCACGUGGACCCCGAGACCCCCGUGAAGCUCGCCGAGUACUUCAACGCCACCGACGGGGUGUUCCAGUACGACCUCAUCGGCGACGUGCCGCCCGCCAAGUCCGCGCCCACCAAGAUGGCUCCCAACGUCAUCCGCGCCGAGUUCCGCACCUUCAUCGAGGUGGUCUUCGAGAACCCCGAGAAGAGCAUCGACACCAUCCACAUCGACGGCUACGCAUUUUUCGCAGUCGGCAUGGGGCCGGGCAAAUGGACGCCAGCGUCUCGGAGUACGUACAACCUCCUGGAUACGGUGAGCCGGCACACGAUCCAGGUGUACCCGAGGUCGUGGACGGCGGUGAUGAUGACGUUCGACAACGCGGGCAUGUGGAGUAUCCGGUCCAACAUCUGGGAGAGGAAUUACCUCGGCGAGCAGCUGUACGUGAGCGUCACCUCGCCGGAGCGGUCGCUUAGGGACGAGUACAACAUGCCAGAGACCAGCCUCCGCUGCGGCAAGGUCGUCGGCCUGCCAAUGCCGCCGUCCUACCUCUCCGUCUAG